UCCGGGGCAGCGAGUCCUUCCUGUGGGCGAGGUGGGGCGGCACAUCCCGGGCCCCGCCGAGCAGCCCCGGGCCCCGCCGAGCAGCCCCGGGCCCCGCCGCAGCAUGUGAGCCCGGCGGGGCGGGGAUGCUCUGGCUGCUCUGCGGCCCCUCCCGCGCCAUGGAGAGCCAGGCGCUGGUCAUCCGCAUCAAGAUCCCCGACGGCGGGGCUGUCGACUGGACCGUUCACUCGGCUCCUCAGCUGCUCUUCAGGGACGUGCUGGAUGUCAUCGGUCAAGUUUUGCCGGAUGCAACAACAACAGCAUUUGAGUAUGAAGAUGAGGAUGGUGACCGAAUUACUGUUAGAAGCGAUGAAGAAAUGAAAGCCAUGCUAUCCUAUUAUUACUCCACUGUAAUGGAACAGCAAGUAAAUGGACAGUUAAUAGAGCCUCUACAGAUAUAUCCAAGAGCCUGCAAACCUCCUGGGAAACGGAACAUACAUGGCCUGAAGGUAAAUACGCGAGCAGGGUCUGCUAAUAAUAGCAGUUCGGCGGUCUCGGAUUCCCUUCCAAGCAAUAGCUUGAAAAAGUCUUCUGCUGAGCUGAAGAAAAUACUCGCAAAUGGCCAGAUGAAUGAACAAGACAUACGGUAUCGAGACAUCCUCGGUCAUGGCAAUGGAGGCACAGUCUACAAGGCCUAUCAUGUCCCUAGUGGAAAAAUACUAGCAGUAAAGGUCAUACCCUUAGAUAUAACACUGGAACUCCAGAAGCAGAUAAUGUCGGAGUUAGAAAUUCUUUAUAAGUGCGACUCAUCAUAUAUCAUAGGAUUUUAUGGAGCGUUUUUUGUAGAAAACAGAAUUUCGUUGUGUACAGAGUUCAUGGAUGGGGGUUCUUUGGAUGUUUAUAGAAAAAUUCCAGAACAUGUACUUGGAAGAAUAGCAGUAGCUGUUGUGAAAGGCCUCACCUAUUUAUGGAGUCUGAAGAUUUUACACAGAGAUGUGAAGCCGUCAAACAUGCUGGUGAACACGCGAGGCCAGGUGAAGCUGUGCGACUUUGGGGUCAGCACGCAGCUGGUGAAUUCUAUAGCCAAGACGUAUGUUGGAACAAAUGCUUAUAUGGCGCCUGAGCGGAUUUCGGGAGAACAGUACGGAAUUCAUUCGGAUGUUUGGAGUCUGGGCAUUUCCUUCAUGGAGCUUGCUCUUGGGAGGUUUCCAUAUCCUCAGAUUUCCUUUCCCUGGAGACAAGGAAAAUUAUGAUGAUGUUAAUGACUGUUUUGUUGCAAGAUGAAAAAAUAAUCCACUAUGUACAACAGUGCUUUUGAAGCAGGAAGGUGUAUCAACUCCUUCUUUACAUUUUCAUUUUUAAUUCCGAUUUUGAAUAAUUGUACAAUGGUCUAAAAUCUUCUCAAAUCAAAAAUCCGAUGUGAAUGGAACACUUAAGAGAGCUCUGGAUUCCCCCUUUUAAGGGGACCUAAUGUUAGUAUUUUACUUAACAGUGGCAUUUUGUAACUUCUCACCAACCUGACUCAGUGGCAGCGGUCGGGCCAAUGCUGAGCACUGCAUUACCACAUCAUAUUUUACUUGCUCUAUAAGCUGGAAAAAAACAUGAAGCUCUGAACAAAACAACUAAUCCAGAAAUAGGUUUGACGGUUCCUUUAAAUUCAUAUUCCAAGAUGGAUGUUAGAAUUCAUAGUAACAAACUAUUCUGUAGUUCCUCAAAUUAUUCUUUCCUGGGAGAGGGGAGAGAGUGGAGUGUCCGGGGACUAAAAUGAAUUAUUUGAAUGUGGUUUUUAUGUUUUCAUAUGUUUUAUGAACAGUGUUUUCUGCAUCUUGGUCUAUACAGAUCAGAGUGCCUGGAGGCAUGUCUGAUUUAAAGGUGGUGUUGGUCUGUGCUCUUUAAGCAUCUAUUAACUUGCUAUUAUUAUGCAAAUAACUGUUGUAAUACACAUACUAAUUUAUGCAUGGUUAGAUUAUGCAGAUGCCUCACAAACAUGGUUAUUGAAUAAUAGGCUGGGACUCAUUCUCUCUCCCAUUUUUAUAAGCUGUUUUAAGCAAAUUCUCCUGACACUUUUAUGGACUUACAAAGAUUUUGCAGAUGUAGAAAGAUACUGAUUUUUUUUUCAGUUUUUCACCUCCUAUGGAAAAUGUUGACUGACUGGAAGAGCUGUAGCUGGUUUGCAGAAAAUACUUUGUGUAUUCUAUCCAUAUUUUAAAAUGUACCCUCUCCUUUGAAGAGAGGAUUGAAAAAGCAGCUCCUGUGCUGGAGUGUCCACACAUCGACGUGCUCACUUGUGCUCGUCAAGUCUCCUGAUGUUCAUUGUAGACGCUGCAUUAUAUUAAUAACACUUAAUCAAAGUGACGUGGGAUAUUUAAGAUAACCCUCUGCUCACAGAAGUGUCAAAGCUCGGGGAAAGAAGUUCGAUCACGCACAUUUUGUACGAUUCUAGACAAAAAUUUGUUUUCUGAAUGGGGAGCAAGACAUGAUCGCUAGCUUAAGAUCCUUUUUGCUAUGCUAAUUAAAAAACGGAUCGGGUUUGUAAAAGAAUAUUUGGCAAGUCAGUAGUCCAUGAAAUUGUGCGUAUUUUUUAAUGUAAAACAGUUGAGGAAGUGAAACUUUAAAAUGCAGCUAUUAAGCUUUUCGGGAAACUGCUUUUCAUAAGGAUUUUUAUGUGGAGAAUAUGUAUUUUAGACAUGUGCUUCUGUAGCUGGUCACAAGAAGCCUUAGAAACCCACUCUGAUUAGGGGGAUAAUUAGCAGGAGGUUUUUUUUAAUGGCUCGAUAUCUAUUUAUCUCCCUACGUAAGGGCCUGAUUCUGCGAUUGCUCACACAAGUAAAUCCUCCUCACUUCAGUGGGCUCGUUCAAAUGAAUGCAGCUAAUGAUGUGUUUGCAGAAUUUGUCCCUAAAUACCGUCAAGUUGCUUCUCUCUGAAAAUGCAAAAUAUGAAUACAAGUGUGAGAACACCUGAAAUUUUCAGCAAAUGAAUGUUCGUCUGCAGCUGUAGCUGGGAAGAAAAAAAGCCGUUUUUUUUCCUUUUUCUCUAGUUUUAAGACACAGACAAAUGGUGUGUGUAAAUUCAGUUUAAAUGAAUAAGAUUUAUCGGGGGAAGCGUUGCAGUGUGGAAACUCAGAACUCCUGCAAUAUGCCAGUAAGACUAAAAGGUGAUUUUUUUUUUCCUGGCCUUUAGUAGAAUAUUUUAAUGAUAGAACUUAGCACUUCUCAUUUUCCACAUCUUUUAUAAAUACUUAUUUUGCUAAAGCUUAUUCGUCACACUAACAGUAUUUAAGUUAUGUUCACAAUAAAGUGUUAUCUUGAAAGCACUUAGGCGUGCAAGCAACUGCUCAGAAGUAAAGUCACUUAUGGGUGUGUUUAGAGUUACUGUCAUUUCUUUUUGUUGUUGUGAUACGCAGCUGAUUUUCAUAAUCUAUAGCAAAGGUAAUGAUCUAAACAAGGAAAUAAUAAUUAGUAAUGAUCAGAACAGAGUUUUCCGCUCUAAAAACUUUGCACAGGAAACUCUAAUCCUUCCGAUGUAGUAAAUUUCUAGAACUGUUGAUGGUUUUUCAUUGUUUUGUUGUUCAUUUUCCUGGCGUGGGAUUGCGAUGUGCUAUUGCUUGCUGGGGUGUAAAACUCCUUUUGGAAGUGGAAGGGUCUGGUGUUUAUAGGAUUUUUGUCGAUACAAACGUAAGCACAUAUGGGUAUAUUCUCCUCCUGAUAUGUUUGCGUAAGUCUAUUAUAACUAAUAGAAAUGGUGCGUGUGCCCAAACACACAAAAUACCUUUUGUUGCUACUCCACAGUCUGUCCAGACACAUAGGGAAAAUAAAGUUUCAAAUUUAUAAAAGUUUAACCUUAAUUUGUAUUGUUUUGAUUUUACAUGUCUGUGCAGGAGGAAAAAAAAAAAAAAGUAAAAUAAAUAAAAGACCAUGGCACCUUCAUAGUAUUUUUAAUUACAUUUUAAGUUGGAACCCCAAAGAUGUGCAGUGGCUUCACAAACUGAGACAUACAGUUAAUCACGUAGAUUCAAAUUCAGUAUAUUGUAUCAAAGCACGGUGGGGCGAUGACUUGUUUAAUGAUAAUGCAAUUUAAGAGAAAUGAAAAGAAUUGCCCACUAAAUAUUCUCGGCUUGUAGUCAAAGUUUAUACAAAGCAGGAUGUUCAAAGGUCGCUGCGUCCAUUGGGGAAAUAUUCCAAAGAAACAGGCUGAGGGUUUAAUCAGCUGUAGGAGAGUGUGGAUGGCAGUGACUGUAUUUAAGAUACUUUUGUGUUUAGAUAAAUGUUUGCCUUCCUUUGGCUACAAUUCCAGGCCUCGCUUAAUAAAUUACAUUACAAUGACCUGAAGUUUUUUCAAAAAAAUAUCCACCAAAAAUAUCCCGUCCCCCAUUCUGCACCCUCCCAUCCCGCUGCUCCCCCCAAAUCUGAGCAAAUACUGCCCCUGGUAUUGUAAAGCUUUGAAUGUUUUCACACCCCAUUAAUUUAUUACUUCUCUUUCCUCAUCUUUAAAUUUUUUUUCUUUCUUUCUUUUUUUUUUAAAUUCAGACUCCCCGCUGCUACAGCGAUUUUCAUCUUGUUGUUAAUUUUCCCUGCUCCAUAUGGAGCUCCAGACAUUUCACCUGGAGGCUGUACUAGAUUUUGCUGUAGCGAUCGCACUUCCGGAGGCCAAAACUGUCAUUUCAGGUUCCUGGUGCAUCUGUCUCCGCCAGGCUUUUCACUGGCACCGCGCGAGUGUGAAUAACAAAUUGGAUGCACCUGAGAUUCGGAUGAUUAGUGUGUUUUGUAAAUCUGGGCGACUUGUAAGCAGAUCGCUGUAGGGAUGGGGAGGGCUAAAGAGCUUCCCUGGGUGGAUCUGUGCUCACACCUUGGAUUUGGGAUGGACGGGGCGGGGGGGUGGCAAAAAUAAGAAAUAACAUUAAAAAAAAGGCACGAGCAUCCCGGCAGCCUGAACGCAGAGAGCACCAAAUAUUUCAUCCUGCCUUGUCAUUGAUUAGAAAAGAGCCUUUAAUUUCAUUUCACCCCAUGUUGUGAUUAAUUUGCAUUCUUUGUCAGAAGUUAAUGGAGUUUUUUAUGGUUCACUCUGAAAUCCUUGAAGACAUCAGAGUUGAUCUGAUGUUUAUACAACCGCCAGCGGAAUUUUUUCAUUUGAUUGAUGGAGAGCUUGAUGUUAUUCCAAACGGCUUUUUAAGCUGUUUUUAAGAAUUAUUUGAAUAAAAUGCAAGCAAGAUAUUGUUAUAACGAUCAAGAUUAUCUGUUAAAAAUCUGUUUCAAAUAAAGAACAUGAUAAGUAGAAAAAAAAAGAUCAAGAAGACAGGAGAAAUGAUGAAUACAGAAGAUGAUAUUUGCUAAAAUAGAUAAUCUGAGGAUUCAAAUAACUUAUUUCAAAAUGUAGUCAAAGUAAGAGAGACCUUAAUUUAAGGGUCAUUUUUAAUAUAAAGAGUUUAUUUUUGUGACGUGAUAAAUAAUGGGAAGGAAUUAUUAAUAGUAAAGAAUUGAGUUAUAGUCAGAUUGUGCCCUUCUUUUUAUUCUCCCAGCUCUUUCACCUUCAUUUUCCCAGCAAUGCGAGUACAGGGCACUAGUGUCUCUAACUCGGAGAGACAAGACUGUCAGGCCUGUUAGUCCAACAAAAUGAUGACAUAUUACUCGUCGCAAGGAAGAUACGUUCUUAAAUCCCACUGCAAAGAAAACAUAAGUGGAUAAUAGGAAAUUUUAUAGCCCAAGAAAAUGUUCACUAUAGACUUGCCAUUGGUUUACUUUAGAAGAAAAUAUACGGGGGGGGGAAACAAAAUCCUCAGUGAAAGAAAUCUGCUUUUUUGCUCCUCCUGUAAGGGAAAGGUUUGUACUUUCACCAGACCCCGGCAGAUAAAAAGCAUCGGAGAGACGAUGCAGAAUGUGCCGCGUGUGCUGGGCCAGAUCCUCAGCUGGAGCAAAUCCCGGCUGCUGCGGGGCCGUGGGGACGCAGCAGGUUUACACCAGCUUCGGGGACGGCUCUUCUCUUCAGCAGCAAAAGAGUUUGCCGUUUUUUAUUAUUGUUAUUAUUUUAUUUCUGAUGCCAAAGCCGGGGUUUUCUGCAAGAUUUUAUUUUUAGCCUUUCAUCAGCAAAUUCUACCCUCGCUGUGAUUUCUGCAAGUAAGAUUUAAUUAUAGGUCAAAAAGCUACUGUGCAAGCGUUUCCAUUUAAAACAGAUUAAUUUAUUUGCUGUAUCGUAGUUUGCUGAAUAAUUGCAUGGUUUUAAAUGAAAUUGCAGCUUUCUGAUCCUUUUAUUAACAUGGUCUAAGAUUCUUUUUGUUAUAUGUAAUCCAUACUAUUGACCAAAUUUGGCCUGGUUUCAUUUAAAUGUAAGCAGGUUGUCAAGGAAAAAAAUAUUUACUUUAACUUGGCAUGUAAAGUAGCCAUUUUACUGUUGUUUUUACAAUUGACAGAAACAUCUUUUAAGCAUUCAUUUAUUUUGUGAAACUAAAUUGAGGGUUGGUUGCAGCACGUUUCCUAGUAAGAAAGAAAUGUUUUUUUCUUCCACAUACAUCAGUAUAUCUAACAAUAUAAAAGACAUUAAACACUGUUCAAAGGCUAAUGCUGAAAUAGUGAAUUGAAUUAUUGUAUAAUAUCUUAAAUAUUAUAGGUUUAUGCAAAUAUUGUUGCUUUUCUAAUAUAUUCCAGAAAUCACUGACAAUAUUCGAAGUCAUCUGCUAUUAUUUUAAACUCUUACCAAUUUCUUGACAUAGGUUUCACUGCAUAUGUAAUUCAUGAGAUAAUAUACUAUGGAUGUAUUUUGCUUUAUUAUUUUUUCUCCUUAGCCGGAAAUAAGUUUGAACUUAAAUUUGAUUUGUCUAUUAGAAACUUGCUGUAAAAUUUGAAUUUAGUUUUAGUUUUUCCAGAAGUGUUUCUUUUUUUUUGCAAAUGGAGAUAUUUUAGGGGGGAAAAAAAAGGAAUCUGGAGUAUAAAGACAUAUUGAUAUUUUUUAUUUUACUCUUUCCGUCCGAUUUUUCUUUUAAAUAUAAAAUGGAUGUUUGAAUAGUAUGGUCAAGCUUGGAAAUGUAAGUAGCUAGUAAAUUCUGAUUUUCUAAUAUGUUUUUAAUACGUUUUAAGAGCGGAUUAUCAGCUCAUGAUCUUGACAGACUGCUGUAGGUAUUUUUUGCUCUCUUGCCCUGGCAGUUACCGGCAGAGUGAGGGCCCGGGGGCUGGGCUGGGUUUGUCACCCCCAUUCCAGGACGUGUUCCCCUGUUCCCCUCUCUCGUAUAAAACCUCGGACCCGCUCACACCGACUUCGGCUUCAAACCUCUGAAAAGUUCCAUUUACUACGCUGGGAAAAUUAACUAUUACAGAUAAUCACCCAUGGGCGCACCUUUGCGGUCAGGUUGGUGUUUUCCAGUUGCCACCCUUCACAAUUUGUACUGAAUAAGAAAAUAUCUCGAUGCAAGGAGCCCUUUCGCUGUUCCUGCAGUUGUUGUCUUGCCUUCACAACAUGGGACUGGCGGUGCUGAGACCUUUUUGAUUGCUGAAGUUGAGCAAGAUCCUGAAAUAAAAUAUUUUUUACCAUGAGAGCUACUUACAAGGAGGGAAAAAAAAUCCAGGAUGAAAUACUGGAGUAUCUCUGAGACAUUUUUGCAGAUAUGUGAGGAUCUCCUGCGUGAGUUGAUCCUUCUGUGGAAUGGGAGAUGUUCCUGUAGCACUUGGAAGGAAACAUCCCUCCCAGUCACUCUUGCAGUUGAUGCUGUUGAAUGUCUUGCCUGAAGGAAAAUUUAAACCUGGAGAUCUUUAGGAAGAAAGCCAACAGUGGGUGGAUUGAUUUGUGAGGUUGGUUGUUUUGGGUGGCCAUUUGCAAACUGUCAGCAAAUAUUGGAUUUACUGAAAAUUUACAUCUUCUGUGCCCCGAGCAGGCUGUCUUGGCUGGAACGAGGAGGAGGAAUGAUUCCUCCCGAGUCCAUCCAGAGAUGGACGGGGACGAGGGUACAGCAGAUCCCGCUCCAUUUUGCCUGUUUCAGAACCAAAUUGCGGUUCUUGGCCUGUUUGAGGAGGGAGAGUACCUGCUCCUCAUGGGUUCGUGGGGUUGUGAGGCACUUGUGGAGAUGGACAUAGUGGUCCCAACUUUAGGUCUUGGCCAUGUCCAUGGCCUGUCGACACAGGGGUCUCCACCAGAGGCUGAGGGUUGUGUUUCCAACACGCCUUGUGAUGAUUGCUCAAUGUAGUGAGGAGCCCCAAAGGCCAGAGUAAGAGUGAAUGAUAUCGAGGUCAGACAAGUGUUUCCCUUCCACAGCAGCUGUUCUUCUGCCAGCCCUGUGGAACUGUGGGUUUAAUUCACUAGGGAGUGCUACACUGUCUAUGGUGGGCAGUUGAACAACGUGGGAGAGUCUGCUCAUUGCAUAGCUUCUUACCUUUCACCAUCCGAACACGCUCAGCACCUCCAUUUGGUUAGAAGACUCCACUCAUAUACCCAAAUUUUUUGCUGCUUUGGGUUGUUUCCUUUCAGGCAUCCCUAAAGUUGUGUCAUGGGUAGCAAUCACGAUUAAUUUUGCAGCUCAUCAGAGAAAACUUGGGGUUUUUCUAGGUGGGUUCCAGUGAGAGGUUUGGACCAUUGACAUUUUUACCUGUUUCUUUUCGAGCUAGAAGGGACUCACAGCAGUGUGCUUUUGUGGCGGGCCAGUCCUCAUGGUUCCUCAUCUGCUGCUCUUCACCGCUUCUGCUACUUGAGGCUCACUUGUUAAUCCUUAGAUGAUUUGUUCCUCUGCUUUAUCAUUAGAAAGAUUUUCCUCGCUGCAGGGUGUAGUGGUAGUUGUGUCUCUAAUGAACAUGGAGGGGAGAUGCAGGAGGGUUAGUGGUUAUGCCAUCCUUGCUCUAUUUUUACUUUGUUUUGGUAGCAUCGUGAUGUUAUUCCUGCUCAGCUGUGGUCAGUUUUCCUCUUCCCUAGCAUCUUCUGGGUUCUCUUGCUGUUACCAUUAUGGUCAUUUCACUACACUUUAUAAAUAUGGUUGACUUUAAGCAAGAACUGGUUAGAACUAAACCUGGUUCCUUUAUUUGGUUUCUGGCUGACCACCCUUUGUUGCACAUUUUUUGAUGCUUAAAAAAAGGAUUUAAACAGCAAUUUGCUAAAUUUACCGUCUUUCCUAAGACUUGCUUGUCCCUCUUUCCUGCUGGUUGAGGAAUGGGUCACCAGCAGCAUGCUGCAGUAGUGUAGUGGUUAUUGUUGGCCUCUUACACUCCUUCCAGCAUUUCAACACUGUGAAGUUUUUCAUGCCCACUUUGUUGAAUUGUGUUACUAAACCCUGGUAAACAGAUUUCUGUGAGAAGUGGCUGCAGUUCAAUGGUGGAUGAAAUAAUCUCUUUAUAUAAAUUUGUUUGUAUACCUCUGGGAAAACCAGCGUAAUAUAAUUGUAAGAAUAUAUUUAACAUUAAGGUUGUUGUGAAUUGUCUUUUAUAUUAUUAUUAUUAUGAUUUUGAUUUUUUUUUUUAUCCUCUGUUUUGUGACAGUGAUUGAAGUUUGCCAUUUGCAAAAUCCACAUGUUGAGAUGGGGGGAUAUUUAUAAUAGAAUAUCAGGAGCAAAUUAGGGGGCUCAGUCUUACUGACCUUAGUGCUUUUACUUCUUUCAGAAGUAUAACCAUUCAGUUUUGAAAGGUUUAAUAAAAUAUGUCUAAAGAUCAUGCUUUCAUUCCAGAGGAAAGACUGAAACCCAUGGUGGUGAAGACCAUGUGGAAAUUCAGUGCCCUUACAUAUUCCUUUUCCGUUUAUAUGAGGGCAGAGACAAAGCAAGUUGUUGGUCAUUUGUCAAUAGGAGACACCGUUUGUCAUUUCCACUGUUCAAUAAAACUUUACCCCUAUUCAUAAAGACUAAAGAUAAGUUGUAUGUACUUCUAACAUCCACAGUUUCACAGCUUAGGAAAAUAAAUGUUCUGCUGUGAAGCCUCCCUUAAAAAUCAUAACUGUAUGAUUUGUUGGUGUAUGUAUUUUUCUAUUAAAAAAAAUAUAUCACUCGCUUGAAAAGCAGUAUGUAUGUAAAGAGAAAAUUUUUUAACUGAUAUGGGAAGAUCUAACCCUGGGUCACCUGCAAAUCUCUCAAACAAGAGCUCCAGGGCAAGUCCUAAUUCCAGGGAGUAAAAGCGAAAAUUAAAGCUAUAGCGAGUGACUCCUCCAAGUUACCCGGGGUGGAUUCAUUUGAGUUUCGUUGAUUGUGCUUGUGAAUAUAAUGUGGAAGGGAUGGUAGAGGUCUUCUCAGCCACUUCCCGGCCAAAGGAUCUCCAUGGAGACAGAAACAGAACCUGAUGGUCUGUCAAAAGUUGCUUUUCAUAACCAGAGGCAUUCAUUAAAUAGUAGAUGAAGCAGGAGACGAACUUUUGCAACCAACUUAAAAAAAACGAAAAGCCAUUUAGAGAAUGUGUUUUAUGGAGUAGUUUAUCCAGAUAUCACUGAUAUUUCAUGACCUGAGAAACAGACCAUUAAUGUAAUGGAUUUAUUUAUCAUUUACCUGGCUUCUUCAAAUUAUAAACUAUCAUGUGCAGUAUGUAAAAAUACAGUGAAUUCUAUACAGAUUCAAAAACAUCCAAUCGGAUCUAAUUCUGUCACUUCCCACAGUGUGGGUUGCACACGAGAAGCUCACAAAACGUUCUGACCAGGUGGGUUUGCUAGCAAGGAGAAGGUCGGGGGCUCACACAAGUUCUUCUGGGGUGGCCAAGGGAGAGUGUUGGUGGCCAAAGGCAGAAAGUGACUUUCCUGAGGUGAGGAUGAUGUUUUAAUGAGCAAAUCAAAGCCUUCCUUGAUACUUUCAAAAUGCAUGCUGUGCCUUUUUUAUCCUGCUUUCAAGCAGGGUUUUUCAGUUGCGGCACUGCCACCAUUUCACUAGUGGAAAUUCUUCAUGGAAAGUACAAAAAUAUGACAAGUGACAGUCUUCUCCCUGAUAACUGAAUUUUCUGAGCAUCACACAGGGAUGCGACACACGGCAUCCUUGAGCUUUUGAGCUGCAGCCACUCGAGAUGGAGCUCCUAAACUCCUGAUCUCCCAGCGGUGCGCAAAAAGCAAACGGUUACUGGAGGAAAAAAAGGAGUGCGGGUGAACAGGAAGAUAAAACAUUUUACGUUGAGUACUUUUAAAACUGUUCUUAAUGUGCUAUAAAACUGGCUUCUUCACUUUUUCAUGAACUGUGUGCAAAAGGAGAAGCUCUGACUGUAAAGUUGUCGUUGCUUUGGUUUGGUUUAUAGUUGCAGAGCCUGCCUGCUAAUGUGAUCUUGGAAAAGGUAAACAACGUAGUUUUUACAAUGAAAAAUAUGCCUAAUAUAAAUACAGCUACGUUCAUUGCUGUUCAGAACUUGAAAAAUAUGGCUGUAACGUUGCAUUUUCUAGUGGAGUUAACAGAGGAGCAGAGUGCAGCCUUACAAACAGUAUAUCUGAGGCGGAGAAAAUAGGUAAUACAUUUAACUGGGGAGUCUCUGUGGCAUUCGCACAGAAGAAGGCACGGUUGCUUUAUUUAAUUGAGAAAAUGAAUCAAUUACAAUGAUGUUGCAUCAUCAAAUGCAAGGGAAAUAGCAGAUAUGUCAUUACAUCGGGUAACAGUGUUAAAAAGUAAUUGAGUGUCUUAAGCAUUUUGAAUCAAUUCCAGGUACUGGCACAGCUACCUUAAUGCAAAAUUUAUGAAGAUGAUCUCAAAAUAAUAUGUCGCCAUCAAAAUAGUGUAAUAAACCCCAGUAGUGAUGUGUGUGCGAUCUCGCAGGAGCUGGGCCUGCUGCUCCGGCAGAGCCGCAAUGUCACGGGAAGAAUUCCCUAAUACUUCAAUUUGCGUUGCUUUAUUUUUCAUUAGAAGUACUGAGCGCUUUUAUUAGAAAUAAUAUUUUAAAUCUUGUUCUGAAAUGGGAUGUAAUCAUGUCUGUGUUGAGGCUACUCUAUAUGUUCCCACCUCUAUUCCUUUUCAUGACAAGACCUAUUUUCUCAGUAAGGAAAUGUGACUGAUACUCUGUUUGCAUGAAAAACGGAGUCGCCUGUUUGUGUGCACUAAUCUACAGAAGCUCCAAAUUAUCCCUACUGAAUAAGCUGCAUCUAUUUUGUCACUUAGCAUCUGGAAGUGAAGUAUGAAAAGAAGUCUUUUUAUAUCCACAGAAUAUUUUACUUAUUAGCAGAAAUGCAAAACAGCAAAUUUAUUCUGUGGAAUUGUAAUAGAUUGACAUUGACCAUUAAAAAAUAUAAUGGGCUACUUCUAUCUAUUAAUUUUCUUCCUUGGGAAAAUAGAAUUACGCGCAGAAACUUUGUGUAAAUUGGUGCGCUACUAAUCCAAUAAUGAAAGACUUCACAUGCCUAAUACCAGCUAUUUGCUUGGUGCCAGUUUCCGACCUCCUCUAUAUUCUAUUUUCCUACCUGUAAAGUGUUAGUAGAGGAUCCUGCCCCUGACGGGGUGUUGGGGGAGAGCGUGUCCGAAGCUGACGGCAGCCUGACAACAUUCAUCAUCGUGGCACCAAACAGCAGAGAAUAUUAAAUGUAAGGGGCGAGUCAAGGAGCCAGCGCCAGAACAGAAGACAAUAUUUUCACUAAGGGCUGGGUUCUGUUUGCACCGUGAUUAUGGGAGGUUGCAAGCAACUUUGUCUCUUUAGGAAAAAUACGUCAUUAAUUAUCCAUACCCAUUGGAAAUGGUAUGCAUAUACAAACUAUCGGAAUACCAGCAUCCCCACAUUCAGUCGGAUGUUUUGCAUUAGGUACCUGCUCCGUGUUUUGUAUUUAAUUGUCUUGUAAUUCUGCCUUUGUUUCGUUUUGUUAUCAAAAUGUGCUUUGCCAAUAUGGGCCAGAAUAUUUUGUAGCUUUCUGUAAGCAAUUGAGUGGUCUGAUACGACAAACUAUUAAUUAAUUUCCCAACCAAAUUGAUGUUAAGAAAUUUAAGAAAGGCUCGGAGAUGACUGGUAACAAGUCUUUCCAUUGCAGUUUAAAACAAUACAAAGUUCAUCAAACUUCGCAGCCUCACAGAUGGCAAUGCUCUACUUUAUAGUCAAAGUAAAACUGGGUUGGAAUAUAUAAGAAACUUGGGUAAAAGUGGAGUAUUAAAGGCUUUCCUGAGCAGCGGCAGACACUUCAACCACAUAAUUAAAGUUUUCUUCACAAAAAAGGGAUUGUGAGCAGAGCCUGGCAGUAAUCCAAAAUUCUAAUUUCUGACUAUGAUUUAAUUUCAAUUUUAAAUAAAUCGGUUUUUAAUUUAAAAAGAGUGAGCUUCAUAACAUUAGCAAUGAUUGCAACAUUAAGCCCAGUGUUCACAAUCUAGCAAUAUAAAACAUUAUUUAUAUCUGAAUCGUAAACAGCCUUUUGAAAUGGAUUAUGGUUUUUCUUCCUAUUCUAAUACAACCUGGAGGGUACUAAAAAGUGUUGUGUGAAAUUAACAUUCUGCUGACUUUCGCCUAUAAAUGAGAAGCGAGCUAUUAACAUUUGUGUAUUUUCAUUAUGUAAAUUGUGUU